AGCUCAAACAUUUGGAUGCCCGGAAGUGUGUCCCAAUAGUUAGCAACAGUCACUGUGGUGCGAUGUGACCAACCGUCAAGAUAUUUGGAGGAUACUAUUUUUUUAUUUUGGAAUUUACGAAUGUUUUUCUUAAGUUUUUAAAAGUCCAGUUUAGAAAUCUCUGACUGUAAAGCUGCACGUGGCUGUGAUGAGGCUGCACACUCUGUCAGUGCGAGCGCUGCUGUUCUUGGGGCUUUGGCAGACUGGGAGGAGGAGUUUAGCCUCAGCCCCUGAACUAAAAGAGCAACCCAAGAAGAUAGCUGUGGUUGGAGCGGGCAUCGGAGGAACAGCAGCUGCCUUUUAUCUGAGGCAGGAGUUUGGUCCAGCGGUCAAGAUCGAUGUGUUUGAAUCUGGCACUGUUGGCGGACGACUAGCAACGGUCAAGAUAGGAGACUACGAGUAUGAAACGGGAGGCUCAGUGAUCCACCCUUUAAACCUUCACAUGAAAGAGUUUAUUGAGAAACUAGGAAUUCCUCCAAAAAAAGACGUCCCGUCUAAGAUGGCGAUCUUUGAUGGAAAGGAGCUUGUGUUCGAAGAGAGCGAUUGGUUUAUCAUCAACUUUUUCCGCCUGUUGUGGCGGUACGGCUUCAGCUUCCUCCGCAUGCAGAUGUGGGUGGAGAGUAUUCUGGAUAAAUUCAUGAGAAUCUACCAGUAUCAGCAGUAUGGCUACUCCUUCACCACGGUGGAGAGGCUCCUGCAUGCUAUGGGAGGUGACGGCUUUCUCACUCUUCUAAAUCAGACUCUGGAGGAAACCAUGAGAGGAGAAGGGUUUUCACAGGUCUUUAUCAAUGAAAUAGUUUCACCCAUCACUCGUGUCAACUAUGGCCAAAGUGUCCGCAUCAAUGGCUUUGUGGGGGCGGUGUCGCUGGCAGGGGCAGAUUCCGGGCUGUGGGCUGUGGAUGGUGGUAAUAAGAGAGUGUGCUCAGGACUGCUGUACCACACCAAAAGCGAGCUCAUCUCUGCCAAAGUAACUUCCAUUUCCUACACCGUUCGACCAUCCAAAAAAGGAAGUUCCACCAAUUUCUAUGAGGUCAACUACGUGGGUGAAUCUGGUGCAGCACACUCACUCUACGAUAUUGUGGUUAUAGCAACCCCACUUCAUCAGGGAAAAUCUGACAUCACGUUCUCUGGCUUCACCCCUCCUGUCCCAUCUCACUAUCCGGGUCGCUACCACCAGACCGUGGCCACGCUGGUGCAGGGCAAGCUGAACAUGUCCUAUCUGGGAACCGCAGAACCUGCUUCAGAGUUCACGGUGUCUGACGUCCUCACCAUGGACUCGAAGGGUUCCAUCAUCAACAGCCUGAGUUCUAUCGACCCCGCGCACAUCCCAGAGGGGUACAAGCGCCCGCCUGCAUCACAUACGAAAGUCUGGAAGGUGUUCUCCCCUCAACCUCUGACUCAGGAGCAGCUUCAGAGCAUGUUCCUCUCCUACGACUCGGUGUCUGAGACUCCGUGGCUCGCUUACCCCACUUACCGUCCGCCGCACCGAAAGAUUCCCCCUUUUAUCCUACACGACCGGUUGUACUACAUUAACGCACUGGAAUGGGCGGCGAGCGCCAUGGAGAUGAGCGCCAUCUCUGCCAGGAAUGUGGCGCUACUGGCGCACCAUCGUUGGCACGAACAGAACAGGAAGAUUGACCAGGAAGACCUGCAUACCCGACUGAGGGGGGAGCUCUAAAACAAACAAAGAUACAACUUUAACAUUUUAAUACCUUGAUGUUGGUGCUUAACAACAGUCUUACCAUUUAGGGCUUUAUUAAGACUUUUAAUAUUGGAAAAAAAAAAAAUAGUUUUUCUGAGUAGCAGAGGCCACUAGCUGUGCUAUUUAUACAUUGAAUCAAACUUGCACUGACGGGUUGAACCACAUCUCUUUUUUUUUUUAAUGCUAGUGGGAGAAAAUCUAGAACAACAGAUCAGGUUAUUGUUGACCGCAUGCCAUAUUUUAUUGUUGGAUAUAUUGAUUUUUAAAAAUUUUAUUGUUGAUCCCCCUCAGCCAAUUAGUUUAUAUGUCUUCUAGUCUUUUCUUAGUCUCUACCUCUUUAACGGACUGCAUUCAAUGUCAAUAAGAAGUUCAUAAAACUUCCAGAAAGCAAAUUUUUUAAGGAUUAUCUUUAUCUUUUCAUUUUUUUCUUGUACAUUUUUUUAAAACUUUGUGGGUUUUUUUUCUUUGUAAUAAAAUAAAAAAACUGACAUAAUUCCAUUAUAAAGGUAGAUGUUUACAUUUAGCCUAAAAAUAAGGGUCAACUCAGAAAAGAGGUUUUCCUUCUGAGUUAAUGAAGUUGUAUGGAAUCCCUUUAUUGCCCCCCCCCCCUCUCUUUUUUGUCUCACAAAUCUGACCAUCAGCGUCAAAAUGCACCGAGUAAAACAAAAAACCACUUUACUGUAAACGUUUUGUACCAGUUGUUUCAAUCAUGUCAAGAUAUUUCACUCUUAAAAAUGUUUUCUUUCUAAUCUUUCUAAAACUUUGUAAGGAUGUGUAUUUUUCCAGAGUUCAAAUUGUGCACUUUAAUAGUGUUUUUAAGUUUUGAUUACAGAACAGAAUAAAUGUUGAGCUACACUGGAA